GACCACACGUGGGUCCAGAGCAGGAAAAGCAGAUGGUGGGAUGAGGGGGAGCUCAGGCCCAGGUAUCCAGCUGGGGGGGCUUUGAGGAGCCGCCACCAACCCCCACAGCUGGACAGACUUUUCCAAAAAUCUGGAAUCAUGUCCGAUGGAUUUGUACUGAAUUUCCAGGGGUAGGUGGGAGGCACGCUGGCAUUUCUGAGGGAUGGGGAGCACUGGCCUGCACGCAUGAACAAGACGGGGCUGCACGUAUUCAUCCUAUGAAUAACGAGAAGUGAAAGAGGACAAACGGCGAGAGCGAGACUUUGGGAGAAUGUCCUCGGCGAUGGUGCGCACUGUGCCCAGCAGGAUGCUCUACUCGGAGGUGAGAAUGCCGUCAGAGGACGAGGAGAUGGGCAGCGAGAGCUCGGGUUCGGAAGAGAGGCCACACCACCUGGACGGUACUGAGGGUGGUUGGACGAGCCAGCCGGGGGGCAGGGCACUGCCCCCGGUGGUGGAGGUGCGGCAGCGCAACGUGGCCAACGCACGAGAGCGGGAUCGCACCAACAGCGUCAACACGGCCUUCAGCGCCCUGCGCACCCUCAUCCCCACAGAGCCGGCCGAUCGCAAGCUCUCCAAGAUCGAGACGCUACGUCUGGCGUCCAGCUAUAUCUCACACCUGGGCAACGUGCUGCUGGUGGGCGAUGCCUGCAGAGACGGGCAGCCCUGCCACAGCACCUCCGCCUAUUACCGGCAUGCUCCAGCCAGCCGCUACGCGGAGAACCCACAACCCAAGCAGAUCUGCACCUUCUGCCUCAGCAACCAGAGGAAGAUGAACAAAGGCAGAGACAGAAAAUCAACUUUAAGAAGUUAAUCAAAGAGGGACAUAGGAUGCACACGAUUCUUUUAAAGAACGUCAGAUACAUGGGACGUCCACUUGGCUGCGUGUGGUUCUCUAUAAAUAAUGUCAGGUGUCUGAUUCCUCAUGGGUCCUGUGUGUCGGGCCCUUCGGAGUCCCACAAAAGACACCUUUUUUUUGCUGACUGCCUUUCGUCUGAUGCCUUCUUGCAUUUUUCCUAAAAAGGUCCUCAUCUGACACUGGGCUUUGUCUGCUUGGUCCGCGUUUUCUUCGGGACGUGAGGACUCCUUCUGCAGCACCUUGGAAUUAAACCUGAAGACUGGAUUACCGGCCCCCCACCCCCUUGGGUUUGUCAUAGGUCUUUCCUGACCCCUCUUGUGAAAGGAAACAGGCAUCCUCCCACAGAAGGAAAACCCUGAACCCAUGUGCUCCCAUGAGCCCCUGCCUGCUGGGGUGGGGGGUGGGGGAUGGGGGAGUGUGUUGUGGUGGUAGUGGUGGGGGGGCAGUGCAGUAUGCCGGCCCUUUAAAGCACUACGCCACCCAUAGGUACUCUCUCCAUCUCUCUCCAUGAGCCUGCUGGACCUAAUUUCUGUUCUUCACCUUUGAUUCUGAGCAGCAGACAUACAAUUAACACUGAAAAAUACAAAGGCCUUAAAAUGUGUGCAGUUAUUGAUUAUGGGGAGGGGGGGGGUGCUGGUUGAUGAAUUUUUACUGAAGGGGAGGCUGAGUUAUGGAUCCUGACAAGGAGGAUGAGGGGCAGUGGGGGGGGGUAAAACACCCCCGCCCCAACACACACACACACCCAAGCCUGGCAGCAUCUGUGGAUGUCGGCUUGUCCGGCUGUGACUCCUCCUUCAGUCCUUCAUUUCUCUGAUAUCACUCCCCCCUUUCAGGUACUUUUUUCUACAGAAAGUAACAGUCGCCUGUUGGCUGCUUUGUCUGAACACAAAUAGCUCUGGACAAAAAAGAGAUCAAGAGAUGUUCAGUGUCACUCAUUUCUCAAUCUAUGGGUAUGUGUCUAUGUUAAAUAUAAUUUUUUUUUGUAAACUCCAACCUGACUCUUCUGUUUCUCAUUAAU